CGGGAAUCGCUCGAUGCUGAUUAUGCGUUGAAGAUCAACCUUGGGCAGAAGUGGAUAGCUGAUUAUACCUAUCGAUUCUUCCGGGAUACACCAACAUUCUCUUCAGCGUCUGAUGCUACCUUGUUGUGGCUCUCUCAAGUCCUUCCAUAUGUUUUCCUCCUUCAUAAAGACAUCGACGAGCUCGCGCAGAUGGAGGAUUUGGCAUUGAGCAUCAUCUCGAUGCUCCUUGAAGCCAAGAUACCGAACAAAGCCCCGUCAUCUCAGGUACUCGCCAAUUGUACACUUCUUGCUGGUAUCUUGCUUGGGCUAAAUGUCGACAAAACGGUGCUCGUGAAGGUGGACAAAAGUGCUGCUAUCGAUGUUCUUGUCACUAAACUCCUCGCCUGUCUACAAGGCUGCAUUGAUGGAGCACAUCCACAACACUAUGCUUCCAGAGCCAAGAAAUGUCUCCCACAUGCCCUUCGCAUCAUUGAGCUGACAGGCGCGGUUCCUCUUGACGGCUCGUUUUUCCGAGCGGGCCUUGCAUGCUGCAAAGAAAUCUUCCUCGGAUGCUCCACGAUAUCUGACAACAAAACCGAGGACUCAGAAGAUGUGCAGAGACGCAUGUUCGAAGCAGGAGCUGCGUUGCACACAGCUAUAUGUAUCCCUCAAGGACCUCUCGGAGAUGUCUACCAGCCAAACGACUCCUUCCUAUAUUGGUAUGGGGAAUUUACCUGGGCGCAUGAUACUCGUUCUUCCCAUGAGUUUGAGUGGCUUAUUGAUUAUAUUUGCGAACUGCGCGAGCUCGAGGGUUAUGAGGUGGAGGAUACUCUUGCGGAUGCGUUCCUGGCACUUAGUGCUAUGAAAAGUCUUGGAAGUCGAGCAAAAGAGGCAACUUAUCUGGACGUUCUCUUGUGGUCUAUGGGACCAGAGCAGCCUGCCCGGUUGCGUUAUGCUGCUUUGCGUGCUACGUACGAAACGCGAAGCACACUGCUGGCCGCCAUAGAAGAUACAGAUGGCUAUGCUCAUUUACGGGAGAAACUACUUGCGCUUUCCCCCGCCAUCCUCACCGCUAUCUCCCCUAGUGAAGAUGCUGGUGUGGAAGGUAGUCAUGGUGUCUUAUUCGAUGAAGGACGUGAUGGAUGUUACUUGAAACUCCUCUUUGCCCUUGUGAAGAAUUCUGUGUGGUGCAGUCGCCUUUCCCUAGACGACCACAUAAACAGGUGCAUCACUCUGAUGGCCGAAGCCGCGGACAGCAACCCUCACGCAUUCUAUCUUUUCGGUAUCUUCCUGCGGAUCACGGCUAUCUCAAAGGUCUUGGAACUUCCACCCCAUGAUAUGUUCUCAAGGGCGAAAUUAUCGCCACUUGUCCCUGGCGCAUGGGAUGCGUUCCCUAGCGUGUAUCUCUCAGGUGACGAUGAGUGUGUGGAAAUAUUGCCGGACCUUGCAGAGUUAACGCUUGAAUAUAUCCCGCUGGACAGAUUUGCACUUGAGACGCUUCACGAGCGAAUAGACUGGGUGCUAGAUGUCCUGAGAAAAUAUUCGGAGCCUGAGAACGUUAUUUCCGCGGUCGGAACAUUAUUAGAGGAGGUCAGAGCCAGGUUAAACUCACCGCUUGUCAGUAUAUAGUAUAUGAUUCAUGAUGGACAGUUUGAUUUACACGUACGUCUAAUUCAUGUAAAUACGUGUAUAUCUGAACUACAUGCCAUUGCAACAUUUGCGAUGCAAGGAUGCGCUACUCAAGGUCCAGGGUUGCUUUAUGUAGCCUACUACAGAUGCUUUUGCAGAAUACGCUCC